AUGAUUAAUCAAAAUGAUAUAAAUACAAAAGAUUCAAAUGCUGCAAAUUGGUUUGUCGAUAAUGGAAUUAAUCGAGGUUUAUUACCUCGUUCAAUUCUUAUUCCUCUAUCAUCGAACGAUCGAUCCGGUCUUCUGUCUCAUACACCGCCAACACCACUUCGUCAUGAUAUAGGAAUGCCAACACGACUAUCUCUUUCAUCUGCUCAUGCUAAUCCAGCAUUUAAUUAUGAUCAAUCUCAUCAUGGAAAUAGCAAACAUCUAUUAAAACGAGCUCAUUCAGAACCACAAACCGGUUUAAUAAAUUCGUCAAAUGAUGUUGAAAAUGAACGAAUUUAUUUAAAUCAAAUAAAUGAAUGUCAUCAAUAUGCUUCAAUUGAUCUUGAUGAUUCAAUUAUUUCUGAAUCAACUGAAGAAGAACAAAUUUAUGUAGCAAUGUAUGAUUUUGAAUGUACAAGUGAUGGUGUUCUUUCUUUACAUGCUGGUGAACGAUUAAAAAUUUUACGUCGUCUUGAUGAUGGUGGAAAUGAUGAUUGGUGGUAUGUUGAAAAACUUAAUGAUACAAGACAACGUGGUUAUGUACCUGCUAAUUAUAUUCAAGCAAUUUAG